CUUCCUCCUCCUCCUCUCCCCCAGCAGCGUGUGACAAAGCGAAACGUCUCUGGCUGUCGACCAGCUCUUACCAGAGACUUCCACUGGCCGCCCGCUGCCUCCGCCUCACUGACAGGCCCCGCCGCUAUUCUACCCCUACAACUGAAGAAAAACACUUACGAUAAUGCCCACGAUAAAACUACAGAGCUCUGACGGGGAGAUCUUCGAGGUGGAUGUUGAGAUAGCCAAACAGUCUGUCACUAUUAAAACGAUGUUAGAAGAUUUGGGAAUGGACGAUGAAGGCGAUGAUGACCCAGUUCCCCUUCCUAAUGUAAAUGCUGCCAUUCUCAAGAAGGUGAUCCAGUGGUGCACUCAUCACAAAGAUGACCCUCCUCCCCCCGAGGAUGAUGAGAAUAAAGAGAAGAGGACAGACGACAUUCCUGUAUGGGACCAGGAGUUCCUCAAAGUGGACCAAGGCACCUUGUUUGAGCUCAUUCUGGCUGCCAACUAUUUGGACAUCAAAGGCCUGUUAGAUGUCACCUGCAAGACGGUGGCCAACAUGAUCAAAGGCAAAACCCCAGAGGAGAUCAGGAAGACUUUCAACAUCAAAAAUGAUUUCACAGAGGAGGAAGAAGCCCAGGUACGCAAAGAGAACCAGUGGUGUGAAGAGAAGUGAAGGGGAGGAUCCUGCCAACACUACCACACUGAAAAGGAUUGUCCCAGUUAACUGGUUGCACUGGCGUUGUUCAUACUUGUUAAUAUUUACAUUUAGUAUAUUUAGAGCCACAGACGCCCGCUCCCCCCCAUUUCUGUAUACUAAUAGCAUGACCAUUUUAACUUGCCUGUGUGGUGCAAAUAAUUUAAAUUAAAAAUCGCUUUUUUCCGUUUUCCACACACUCGUUUUGUGUAUUCACAUGAAAUGGAUAGACCUGGUUUCAUCUUUAUUUUCCCCAUUUGAGGAUAGGAUAAUGCACCUCAUCUUCCCUGUUUUUAAUCACUAUGGUUGUCUUUUUUUACUGGACAUGUUUGUUUUUCUUUUAGGUCAGCUGAAUAAAUAAAAUGGCUUUUUUGACAAUUGAAAGGAAAAGUUGAAUAUUUCUUUUUGUUCUGUAAAUGCAUCUGUUUUGUGCUAUUACGUAAAAAGAGGAGGAGCUGUCAUAGGAAAACUGACGUUUAAAGGUGGAAAAAUGUGUUUGCAUAAUGUCCUGUGGACUAGAAGUACUUGUCAACGAAGUGAAUGUGUGCAGUCACACAACUUUGGGUAUUUUCAUUCCUAAUUCAUGUUGUAUUGAAUUGGAACGUUUUCUCAGUUCUGCUCUGAUGGCGGCAGGUGGGGUGAUCAACCAUUAUAUAUUAAAGGAGUAAAUAAAAGAUAUGAAAAGGC